AUGCUGACCACCUGGUGCCUGCUGCUGGGGUUGGCUCUCCCAGUGUUGGGAUACCAGGUGUCUGUCAACUGCCCCCAUGGUCGGGUAUGCCAACGGGCGUUCCUCUCGGGCAACACCAUCCUCCUACACUGCAAUGCCACCGGAGCCAAAUGGUACCACGUCUUCAUGCAGAAGAAUGGUGACUGGAUCCCCAGUACUUACUCUCCCCCCAAUAUGCACAUGACGCCUGAAGGCAACCUCAUCAUCACCAACCCAUUGCCCUCCCAGACAGGCAUCUACCACUGCAGGAACAAGAAUGACACACAAGUUGUGCAGUACGAGAUUGACUUUCAAGAUGUGUCCAAACUGCAUGUUACACACAAGGACCUGGGCCAGCUACCCUUGGAGAACGAGAGCUUGAGCCUGGACCACAACGAGCUCAUCUUCACCUACUGGGAGCCGUGGCAGGAUUGUAACAAGUGUGGAACACCUGGGGAGCGCAAACGUGUGGGCUAUUGCUACAUCCAGAUGCCCCCGGAGAACCCCGCUCCCUGCUGGCUCUAUCUGGGGGCAGUUGAUGUGUGGACCAACCGCAUGAGGCCGGAGCUGCAGGUGGAAAGCUGCCAUACCCAGUGCGAACCUGGAUCCUUCUUCCAAGUGAACUUUGCCAUGUUUGACAGCUACAGUUUCAGCGAGGAGACAGAAUCGGUGCAGCUCACCUGCCCCAUGGCUUCCGUUUACAGGCCCGUUAUCUGGGAGGUCAACGAAGUCCCCCUGACUUUGAAGGAUCAGCUCUCUGGCAAGGACUUCAGCACCUUCUUGGACCUAGAGACGGGGGGCCAGCAGCUGAAGAUCUUCAAGCCAGCUGUGUGCAAGUGCUUCGUGAAUCAGCAGUUCAUAGCCCGCUUCAAUCCGCUCAGCAACCAGGCCGCGCUAGAGGCUUCCAAGAUCCAGGCAGAGGAGGACGUGUCGCCCACCUUGCCCCACUCGGCCCUCAGCAUGUUGCUGCUGAUGCUGCUCACCUGCUGUGUGGUGACCCUGCUGGGGCUAUUGCUCAAGCUGCUCUGUCCUUUGCAGGGCAAACGGAGCUAUGAGACGCUGCUAGUGAGAUAAAGCAAGCCCUCAGGGGACACGAG